AAAAUAGGCUACAUUAUUAGCAAAAAAUUAAUAAAAUAAAAUCCCCAACAUCAUUCGAAAGGUCAUGAACGAAACAGAGCAAAAGCAUCACCUCACUUUCUUCUACCCUUUGGAUCACUCCGACCAAUUGCUAACAACUUACUUCUGCUAAAUUCCUGUAAAUCCUCAGUCGGAGGAGGAGCAGCCACCUCGGCACCAUCAAAUAAGGCGGCAAGUCAGCAGCCAUUUCAACGUCCGCUCUCUCUUUAAUGUCUUCACUCUUCUCCAUUGCUGCUUUCUCUAUCCUCAAUUUCUGCAAGUUGUAGUUGGAAAGGAUAAGGAAAGGAUAAGGAAGGGAAGGAGGUGUUAGUUAGUGGCAAUGGAGGAGGAGGAGGAGGAGGAGACAAGCCAGUGGAAACAAGCCAUGAUUAAUUCCACAGCUGGAGCUAUUUCUGGUGGUAUAUCAAGGACAGUCACAUCACCUCUUGAUGUUAUUAAGAUUAGAUUCCAAGUUCAACUAGAGCCCACUUCCUCAUGGCCGUCACUGCGCAGGGAUUUGUCUACACCCUCAAAAUAUACUGGCAUGUUUCAAGCAACUAAAGAUAUUUUUAGAGAAGAAGGCUUACGGGGUUUUUGGCGGGGUAAUGUGCCAGCUUUGCUCAUGGUCAUGCCAUAUACGGCUAUACAGUUUACUGUUUUACACAAAUUCAAGACUUUUGCCUCUGGUUCAUCCAAGACAGAGAAUCACAUUAAUCUGAGCCCUUAUCUAUCCUAUGUAAGUGGAGCAUUAGCUGGGUGUGCAGCUACUGUAGGGUCAUAUCCAUUUGAUCUUCUUCGAACUAUAUUAGCUUCUCAGGGUGAACCAAAGGUUUAUCAAAACAUGAGGUCAGCAGCCAUUGAUAUUCUCCGGACCCGUGGGUUUCGAGGCUUGUAUUCGGGAUUGUCACCAACACUAGUUGAGAUUAUACCUUAUGCAGGCCUACAAUUUGGCACUUAUGAUACAUUCAAACGAUGGGCCAUGGCGUGGAACCAUGUUCAAUAUUCAAACACAGUUGCAGAAGAGAGCCUCUCUAGCUUUCAGCUUUUCUUAUGUGGGCUAGCAGCAGGAACAUGCGCCAAACUCGUCUGUCAUCCACUUGAUGUAGUCAAGAAAAGAUUUCAGAUUGAAGGUUUGCAAAGGCAUCCAAGAUAUGGAGCUCGGGUUGAACAUCGUGCGUAUAGUAAUAUGUUUGACGCCUUGAGACGAAUAUUACAGAAGGAGGGUUGGGCUGGUCUGUAUAAGGGGAUAGUUCCAUCUACUGUUAAAGCUGCACCAGCUGGUGCUGUAACUUUUGUUGCAUAUGAAUUGACAUCAGAUUGGCUGGAGUCUAUUUUGACUUGAUUUUCUUUUAUACUCCAAGAAAAGGGAGAGGUUUUAAUGAUUUUUUUUUCUCCUCGUGCUUUCACAUUUAAUUACCUCGAAUUAUGAGGUACACAAUGAUUUAAUUCAAAUAUACAGCAUUAUCUGA